CACAGAACCACACUUGACCAACCUCUCUCUCUCUCUCUCAAACCCUCGUCUUCUUCCUCAGAUAAGCUCAGAGCACCAUGGAGAACAGCUACUCCUACAGCUCCUACCCCGACUCCGGCGACUCCUCGCCGCGCUCACGUGAGAUCGACUUCGAGAACCCUCCGCCGUGGGAGGACCAGCAGAACCAGAACUACAAGGUCAAGCUCAUGUGCAGCUACGGCGGCAAGAUCCUCCCCCGCCCCCACGACAACCAGCUCUGCUACACCGGCGGCGAGACCAAGAUCCUCGCCGUCGACCGCUCCAUCAAGUUCCCCGCCCUCCUCUCCCGCCUCUCCUCCCUCUCCGACUCCGACGUCUCCUUCAAGUACCAGCUCCCCGGCGAAGACCUCGACGCCUUGAUCUCCGUCACCAACGACGACGACCUCGACCACAUGAUGCACGAGUACGACCGCCUCUACCGCGCCUCCGCCAGGCCCGCCAGGAUGAGGCUCUUUCUCUUCCCCAACAUCAACCACAGCGACAGCUUCGGCUCUGACAGGUCCGAUAGGGAUCGCUUCGUCGACGCUUUGAACUCGGGUCCCGCUCCCCCGCCCGACCCGAUUCCCAAGCCUCCCGUCGUCGACUUCAUCCCCGCUUGGCCCAAGGGCGGCGUUCCUGCUGUCACCUCACCUCCUCCGCCGGCCCCGCCUACGGUUUUGCCCCCGCCGGAGUUUCAACUCAGAUCAGCGCUGGGAGACCGGGUCGUCGGGUCGGAUCCGGUGGAGUUCCAGAGGCAACUGCAGGACUUGCAGAGGCUACAAAUUGGAGAUCAACCUGAUCAUCAGUACCGAAGAAAGAGCGACGACAGCCUCGUCGGAGGACGAGGAGGCUACGCUGCCGCCGGUGAUUUCUACAACAUGCAGAAGGUGCCGGAAAAGCUUCCUCCUGUGACGGUGCCUCCGCAGAUCCCGGCUCCGGCUGGUUACUGGCCUGAGAAGCAUGUAUCGAGCGUCGGGUUCCCGGGGACGGUUACUGGAGCGCUACCCGAACAGCAGCAGCAGCCUAUGUACAUGAUCAGCGCGGGAGGAGGAGGCGGUGUGUAUCACGCGCCGCCGAUGGUGCGAUCGGUCACCGGCCCAACCAAUCAAGGGUACUACCAAAUGCAGCAGCAGCAGCAGAGAAUGCCCUCGGACGUUUACCGGGAUCAGCCGGUCUACGGUGCAAUACCGCAGCCACAGCAACAGAUCAGUAAUCUACCGCCACAACCGCCGAAGUACGCGGCGACGUACGCGGAAACGACGCCGUAUACUCAGGUGGCGUACGAUAGCGUAACUGGGAGGCAAGUGUACUAUACUGCGCAGGGUGGAGGGGUUGUGCCGCCGCAGCAGCAGGCGUACUCAGCAGUGGGGACCGCGGCUGUUAGCGGCGAAAUGAGAGUGGCUGGCGGGUUGAGCCAGGAGAGUAAGGUGGUGGGUUCAAAAGUUCCCCAAACUUCCAUGUGAUUUUCAAUCUUAUUAUGUAUUUGUUAUGAAGAUUAAUAUGUAUUUGUUAAGAAAAUAUAUUACUAAAUAUGAGGGAAAAAAAUUACAGUAUUACCUUCUG